AUGAUCGAGGAAAAACCUAGGGCGUGGCACGACUUGCUCCCCGAAGCUCUUUGGGCUUACCGAAUCUCGAAGCGGUCGGCCACGGGCACAUCUCCUUACGCCUUAACCUACGGUCACAACGCCAUCGUUCCAAUGGAGUUAAAGGUUCAGUCUCUCCGUGUGGCCGAGCAGCCUGAACAAGAAAAGGGGGAUUAUGCACAAGCCAUGGCUCAGGAGUUGGAAGAUUUGGAGCAAUCUAGACUCGACGCUUAUAACCUCAUGCAGGCACAGAAGCAAAUGGCGGCGAGGGCUUACAACAAAAAGGUUAAACAAAAAGCUUUCGCCGAAGGCGACCUAGUAUGGCGAGCCGUGCUUCCCAUUGGGACAAAGGCCCCUCGGUUCAGCAAAUUUUCGCCCAAUUGGGAAGGGCCGUUCAUUAUCGAAUGGAUUCUUGGCCGAGGUGCAUUUCAGUUAAAGGAUAGGGAUGGAGAGUGGCACAACUUACCGAUCAAUGGCCAGUAUUUGAAGAAAUACGCCCUGUCAUUAUGGGAGACGGCCGUGAAAGAGUUAUGA